AUUGACGUCCUGGAUGACAUAGUGGAAGAGGAGGACGUGGAGGCCUCCGACUGCGAAGACUGCCAGGCGGUGCCCCCGGCGCCUGGCACCCAGGAGGGGGACGUGCAGUGCCUUUCGCUGCUCCGAGAAGAGGUCAAACAACGCAGUGAGAUUUUGGAGCUGGAGGCUUCCAUGUUGCAGCAAGCGCCAGCAGAAGCUUCCAGUACCAAGCUGCCCAUGACCGAGCCCAGCGAGACAGGUCCCUGCACUCUGGAAGAUAUUCUGCGGCAUCACAGCCUCCAGCACUUCACAGAGCUGGCAGCAUGCCGCCGCGUCAGAUCCAUGGCUGGCAGCAUCCGUGAGUUGGUUGCUCGCGUGCGUGUGGAGGAAGGCAUCCUGUCUGCUAAUCAGGUGUGCCAGGGAGCAAAACCCUUGACGGAGCAUGCCAAGAUGCUGCAGGCGUUGUCCAAGGCGCAGCAGUCGUUCGGCUUGGUGGCCAAUCGGCAGAGCAGGGCGACGGCUUGGACCUCUUUCUCCAAACUUGUUGCGGAAAAUGCGACAUCCAUUGUUCAGCAAAGCCACGGCGAUGCACAGACAGCAGAGGUGGCGCAGCCGAUUUGCUGGUUUCAGCCAGCGCACGUGACCAACGACCAAGGAAGGCUGGAGGCUAAGCAUACAGCCUACGUCCAGGUUGUGCUUCUGCAGCCAUGCAACGCAGAGGAAUCGCAAGCAAGUGCAACUGCGCCUUUCUGGGCAACCUCCUUGAGCCCGGCCCUCACCUUGGAUCCACACGACGAGCUUGGCUUGAUUCUGUAUCAGAUCCCAGAGACAGAGUACCUUUGCAGAGCCACGGGCGAUGCCAUGGUCGUGCGCAUAAGCAGGGCGGCGUACUCAGCCAUGACUGGUCUGACAGGUGUUGGGUUAAUGCCCAGCCCCACUGCCGACAGCAAGUUGGAAGAGUGGUGCAAGGAGGCAUUCACAAGCAGCUCGUUUGGACUCGCGAAGGCAGGCAUCGAGAAGAUGACUCGCUACAUGCACGUGAUGAAGCACCUCUACCAGCAGCAGACGAAGGAGCAGCUGCUGGACAAGAACGGAGAGAUUCUUCCCUUGAAAAAGAACAAAGGAAGAGCGACCCUGGCCUGCAUUUG